UUUUCUUUUACUUUUCCAGACUUGGACUUAUAUAUGGGAAAAACAUGGCAGACAUUGACGACGUCUAUCAUAUGUUGGGCUUUGGGCGCAUGCAGCGAAUCAUCUUUCUUUGCUGCAUGCUGAUUCAGAUCUACAUAACGAACGAACAGUUGGGCCUGUCCUUGAUUGUAGCCUCGAGUGCCUGCGAUCUGCAAAUCGACGAUCACCGCAUGUCCUGGCUGAUGAGCGCUGUCUUUACCGCACAGAUUCUGGCGAGUCACUACAUGGGCGACAAGGCGGAUGAGAUUGGCAGACGAAAAUUGAUACUAAUCACGGGUUCCCUCAUGCUCCUCACUUCUCUUCUGUCGGCCUUUAUGCCAGAGUUUUGGUCGUUUCUGGUGAUGCGCUUUCUUGUAGGUGUCUUCGUCACUGGACCCACAGUGUCUAUGCAGACGUACCUGAGCGAGUUUACAAAGUUCUCCCUGCGACCCAAAGUGCUCAACUAUGUUAGCUAUUCCAUAGGUAUAAGCAUGAUCUAUGUGCCAUUUAUUGCUGCUUUGAUAAAGGUUAACCUGCCCAUCUACAACAAUUACACCUUCUCUAGCUGGCGACUGCUGAUCCUGCUGAAUCUGCUGCCUGGCAUUACUGCUUUCAUCUUGCUCUAUCGACUGCCCGAGAGCCCCAAGUAUUAUCUGUCGGUCAAUGAGGAUGACAAGGCCAUGGCCGUGCUGGAGCAAUGCUGCCGCCUGAACAAGGGCAAGGAUGUCACCCUGGCCAGCCUGGGCGUGGACUCUGUCACGCAGCCACGUUUGCGUGGUGCUACCAUCAAGAGGAACUGUUUGGCUCGCCUGUGGUACGAGUCACUGCCGCUGCUGAAGCGGCCCUACUUUCGCAGCUUUUUCCUCACAUCCGCAGGUGUUUUUGUCCAAUUUGGCGUGAGUUUUGGUCUGGGCGUGUGGAUGCUGCGGGUACGCCAUCUCAUUCUACAAGUGGAGGAGACCGAGACGAUCUGUGAGCUGAUGAAGAAGCAUGGAGAUACAAAAAUAGAGCUGCCCACGUGUGAUUUAACUUUUACAAACGUCAAGGACUCCAUUUACCACGGUGUCGUUGUGCUUGUUGCCUUCAUUUUGACGAGCUUUCUGCUGAUGUGCAUUAGGCGUAGAACAAUUAUCGUGAUUUACCUUUUAACAGCUGCCCUGGCUGGUUGUUUGGUGAACUUUGUCACGAACGAUACACUGAUAUUGAUUGUAUUCCUGCUGCUUAUUGUGCCGCCGCUAUGCAGCCUGCGACUGACUACAUCGCUACUCAUAGAUCUGAUUCCCACACAUCUCAGGGGCAAAGCCGUUGCUCUUUGCUUGAUCUUUGGACGCACUGGAGUUCUCACUUCCAGUUUAUUCAUUGGCUACACCCUCAGGCAGCUUUGCUAUGUGACCUUCAAUGGCUUUGUGCUGGCCAUCAUUGCUUCCGCGAUCCUCAUUCUGCUGCUGCCCUCGGAGAGUAAAAUGAUGGAGAACCUGUCCAAGUAGCACAACCUGUCGGCUGCUG